UUUUCAUUUGCUAAUAUGCAUGGAAAUGAGAACAAAUGGCACGACAAUUAAGACUGCAUUUUGCAACCCGGAGAAGUAACACAGAUCCAUUAUCAGAAACCUCUGAAGAUGUUUUGGAUAGUAACAAUCGUAUGUACCUCAAAAAACCUUCACAGAAUUCUGCACCUAAUAUUGUACAGCCGAAGCCAACUCCUAGACAGGUUGCCUAUGCACCUAUAAUGCAGGAAAUAAUUAAUCAACAAGAAAAUGCAACUAUUUCUUCAUUACAAAAAAAGAGCACCUCAGUGCACAUUUCUCUGCAGUCUAGAAAGUAUAAUGGAUGUUUUCAGCCUGGCGAUGGCAUAGCUGCUCCUGAAGACACUUCAUUCACCGGUAUUGGUAAUGAAGGAAAUUGUGGCGCUAGAACUGUGGUUGAUCAUCGAUCUAACGAUAGCCAUCUGAGCAAUACUGCUUUGUGCAAUAGCAGUAUCGGUAGCAUCGCAGCGAGUGACAAUGGAUCCUUCAGUAGUGCUGGCAGUGACUAUGGAUCAUGUACAAGUACCACAAGCGAUGGAGGCUCAUAUACUAGCAGUAUCUUCAGUGACAGUAGUAGUAGUUGUACUCUUUCAAUAGGUGAUGGUACUUUCUGUAGUAAUGUUGUAUAUGGCAAUUCUUCAUAUAGAAGCAUGGCAAACAAAUGUAAAGCCUAUAAGAACAGCUCAUCUCAGGAAACUCUAUGUAGAAGUAAUACUACUUUUGACCAGGAUGCUUUGUCAGUGAGGAAGAAAACUAAAAUUCCACUGCGACGUUGUUCGUCUUUGGUAAUCUUCCCUAGGAGUCCUUCUAGUACUCCUCCAGCUUCUCCGAUAAGCUCAGGUCAGCUACCGCAGAGAGGGGCAUAUCAAACAUCACACAAACUAAUUAUUUCGUCUAGCGAGGUGGCACAAAAAGAAGAUCAAACCAUUCCCAAGGGAUUCCUUUCAACAGCAGUCAAUGGACUUCGACUGUCUAAAACAGUUUGCUCUUCUGGCGAAGUCAGAGACAUUCGGCCGCUUUACUUGAAUAGUUCAUUACAGGACAAAAAUCAAAUUUUGAAUAGUUCUGAGCAGGCAACUUGUGAAGAAGAAUCUGAUGGCUUCUCUUGUAUUUCAGUUCAUCUAACUCAAAGAGCAUUUGCAUCAAGCAGUGAAAUGGUUAAUGGCUGUUGCGGUCCGGAGUUAAAUCUGAACUCCAGUGCAAAAUAUCCUCCUAUAAAACUGGCACGUAGCACAUCUGCAUGUUUACCCUCAAAAAUAGAUUCAGAAUAUCAGAUUAAUAUAAAGGAACUAGAAAGACCGAAUGCACAGAUGAGCAGAACCCACCAUGUUUUGCAAAGAAGUGUUUCAUUAGAAGGAUCAUGUCAAAAAAUUUCUUGCUGUUUAUCCAGUCUUAAAUACAAGUGUCAAAAUGCAAGGACGUCUCAGUUGCACAUACAGUUCAAACCUGGGAAUGAAGCAAAAACAAGUGGUGUUAAGAAAAGAUAUGGAACCUGUAAAAGGGAAUUGUCUGGCAGUUCUUUGUGGAGACCCCAUAAGACUCGAGAUGAUUUUCUUGGGCAAGUGGAUAUUCCUCUUCAUCAGUUACCGACAGAAAAUCCCAGUAUGGAGAGACCAUAUACAUUUAAGGAUUUUGUUCUUCAUCCAAGAAGCCAUAAAUCAAGAGUUAAAGGACACCUUAGAUUAAAAAUGACUUACUUACCUAAGAACAACGGAUCUGAAGAAGAAACCACAGAACAGGCUGAAGAAUUGGAGCCUGGGUGGAUUAUACUGGACCAACCAGAUGCUGCUAGUCAGCCACAGCAACAGCAACAGGAAUCUCCUCCACUGCCUCCAGGUUGGGAAGAAAGGCAAGAUAUCCUCGGCAGGACCUACUAUGUCAAUCAUGAAUUCAGAAGAACACAAUGGAAAAGACCAACUGCUCAGGACAAUGUAGCUGUUGCAGAUAUCGGUAACAUUCAGUUGGAGGCCCAACAUGCAUUCGCCCAUCGGCGACAGAUAUCGGAGGAUACAGAAAAUCUAGACAGCAGGGAUUCCCCUGAGAGCUGGGAAAUUAUAACAGAAGACGAGGCAACAAUGUACAGCAAUCAGAACCUUCACAUACCUCUACCACAGAGUAACUGUGAUGUUCAGACUCAUCUUGCAGAAGAACUGAAUGCCAGACUUAGUACUUCUGGAAGUUCAGCUACUGGCCAGUCAGCAGUCUACACUAAUCAUUCCAGCAGAAGAGGUAGUCUGCAAACAUACAGAAUUGAGGAACAGCCUGCACUUCCAGUGUUACUGCCUACUUCCUCUGGAUUACCCCCAGGCUGGGAAGAAAGACAAGAUGAAAAAGGAAGGUCGUAUUAUAUAGAUCACAAUUCUAGAACUACUACUUGGAUAAAGCCGGUUGUACAGAUUGCUAUAGAAGCAGGUCAAUUGUCAACUGCCCAAAGUGUUUCUAUAGGACGGCAACCACAGGCAACAUCAAGUGAUUCAUCCCAACAGUCUUCUAAGCAGCAGCCUGAAACAGAACAAGGAUUUCUCCCUAAAGGCUGGGAAGUCCGACAUGCACCUAAUGGGAGACCGUUCUUUAUUGACCACAAUACCAAAACUACUACAUGGGAAGAUCCAAGAUUGAAAAUUCCUGCUCAUCUGAGGAGAAAGACUUCCCUAGAUCCAGUAGACCUAGGGCCCUUACCACCAGGGUGGGAAGAGAGAACUCACACGGAUGGAAGAAUAUUCUACAUAAAUCACAAUACAAAGAGAACACAAUGGGAAGAUCCUCGACUACAGAAUGUGGCAAUAACUGGACCAGCUGUGCCUUACUCCAGGGACUAUAAGCGGAAGUAUGAGUUCUUCAGAAAAAAGUUGAAGAAACAGAGUGAUAUUCCAAAUAGAUUUGAAAUGAAAAUUCAUCGCACAACAAUCCUUGAAGAUUCUUAUAGGAGGAUUAUAGCUGUAAAAAGAGCAGAUUUCCUUAAAGCAAGACUUUGGAUUGAAUUUGAUGGUGAAAAAGGUUUAGACUAUGGAGGAGUGGCCAGGGAAUGGUUCUUCCUUCUCUCUAAAGAAAUGUUUAAUCCUUAUUACGGAUUGUUUGAAUAUUCUGCUGCAGAUAACUAUACUCUGCAGAUCAAUCCAAACUCUGGACUGUGCAAUGAAGAUCAUCUUUCUUAUUUCAAGUUUAUAGGUCGUGUAGCUGGAAUGGCUGUUUACCAUGGCAAGCUUUUGGAUGCCUUUUUUAUUCGUCCUUUUUACAAGAUGAUGCUCCAAAAACCAAUAACACUUCAUGAUAUGGAGUCUGUGGAUAGUGAAUAUUACAAUUCUCUGAGAUGGAUUCUUGAAAAUGAUCCAGCAGAACUGGACCUCAGGUUUAUAGUUGAUGAAGAACUCUUUGGACAGACCCAUCAGCACGAACUGAAAAGUGGUGGAUCAGAAAUAGUUGUCACCAACAAGAACAAGAGAGACUACAUUCAUCUUGUGAUUCAAUGGAGAUUUGUGAGCAGAGUACAGAAACAAAUGGCAGCCUUUAAAGAGGGCUUUUUCGAGCUAAUACCACAGGAUCUGAUUAAAAUUUUUGAUGAAAAUGAACUAGAGUUAUUAAUGUGUGGACUGGGAGACGUGGAUGUGGCUGACUGGAAACUACAUACAAAAUAUAAAAAUGGCUACAACGUAAACCACCAAGUAAUACAGUGGUUCUGGAAGGCAGUCUUAAUGAUGGACUCUGAAAAGAGAAUAAGAUUACUUCAGUUUGUUACUGGCACAUCACGUGUACCUAUGAAUGGGUUUGCUGAGCUGUAUGGUUCAAAUGGACCACAGUUGUUUACAGUUGAACAGUGGGGCACCCCUGAAAAACUGCCAAGAGCUCACACCUGCUUUAAUCGCUUGGAUUUGCCUCCAUAUGAAUCGUUUGAAGACUUAUGGGACAAACUCCUUUUAGCGAUUGAGAAUGCUCAGGGUUUUGAUGGGGUUGAUUAGGCUACAGGCAUAAACUGUAUUGGUACAGUGCUGCAUUCUCAUUUUAAGGGUUUACAAACAGAUUUGAAAUUUCCAGGGACUACCGUUGUAUUUAGUCACUUGGCUAUUAAAUCUUCAUAGUAUCACUUGUAAAAUAAGUAAGUAUUAAAAAUUCACUAACUUUUGAAAAUGUAUUUUGCCAUUUCCACAGUUUUGCGUACUUUGCUAAUAACCACAAUACACAUAUUGGGUAGGCCAGUGCCAAGUAAAGGUCAAAAACUAAAAUAUCUUUAAGCAGUUACCUCUUCUACAUUAUUUGCCAGAUUGUCCUACAGUAAACUACUGAAGUAAAACUGUCAGAGGGGAAAAGAAAAAAACAAAAAAACUUUGCAGAGGGUGUAAAUUUGAAUUGCUGCUUUAAGAGGAACAACUGAAAUGAUUUAAAAAUGUUUUUAAAAACAUUAAAGACUUCAUGUAAUGCAGCAUUGUAGUCUGUGCUGCUUCAGGCUGUUUGCUACAGAUCUGCCCAAAGCACCUUACAAUUCAGCAUAUUAGGUAAAACAUUGGAAAGCGUUUGUUUGCAUUAUCAGCUAUCAGUUUGCAGAACACUGGCUUGUUUAUACAUUUUUAUUUCUUAGAUUUCUGUUUCUGGCUUACUUUUGUGAAAACAAUAUAACAAAACCAGGACUUUUUUUAUAUAAGACACUCAAGCAGCAAAAUUCUGAAUUGUAAUGAGAAAUUAUAUCCUUUUUUGUCUGAAUUUGUAUACUUUCAUUGGCUUAUUGAGUGUUCAUCACUUUUUUGAUAAAUUUGUAGUUUAACGAUGGAUAAUAUUUUCAAUUCAGCCUUUUGCAACAAUCUUAGCAAAAUUUUUAUGGAUAUCACAGAGUAUUAAUUACUGAUAGUUUGAGGCCUUUAUUAUCCAUUCUUGCAGUAUUGCACUACGUAACAAUAAAUAACAUGUUUACAGGGUUUUUUGGGCCAAAUUCAGCAGUCUGUUGCGUGCAGACUUCUGUGAACUCUAGAAGUUAUGCAGAUGUAACCAGAGGCAGAAUUUGGUCCUAUAAUAUGUUUACAGGUUAUGCUAGUUUCUAUAGCUGCAUUUUUUUAUAUUUUUAUUUCUCCACUGUUAGUCUAGAAACCAAAUUUGUUGAUACAGUAUAACCAAAGUCAUAACCAACUAUGUGCAAUUUAUUGUAGAUCAGCUCUUCAUAUAAAUAUUAGUUUGAUUUCUUUUGUAAAUGUGGGUGUGUUUUGUGUCAGUGUUAGCACUUCUUGUUUGAGCAAGUGCUGGUUAAAAUGAUCAUCAAAUCCAGUUCUAAAAAAAAAAAAAAAAAAAAAGUUCGUUCAUAUAUCUGACUUGCUUUAAUUUGAACAUUUUAUUACCUAUAUGAUCUGAGGAAAUAACAGUACCUAGCUUUGGCCAGCAGAUUUCUGUUUAGUCACAGUCUUUAUAAAUAUGCAAGAAGGAAGUGUAGCACAUCUCUAUAAAGAUAUGUAAAUUAUGUAACAAACGUAAUGGGUCUUAAAGGGAUAUUUAAAAUCCCAGUUUGUUUUAUUCUUUGACUAGAUCUUUAGGGCUGAGAAUAUUACAUGUAAAUAAAGGUAACUUAUACAAAUUUUCUGAAUCUAUAUGCAGUUUUGUAAAACAUGGAAUGAUAUAUCAGUAAAUCUGUAUAGAUUUGAAUGUAGCAGUAUUUGUUGCAUACUUUAAAGUAUAAAAUAAGGAUCCUGAGAGCCGUAAAUAAAAGUUUAUUCUAAUAAAAAGCUGUGACUCACUUAAUUGAAGUGCAAAUCAGUAGUCUUGAAAUAGCAGAACUCAGUCAUUUUAGUGCUUUUAAGUACACUACAGGCAGAAGUUUGAUAGAUUUCUAUCUUCACUAUAAUAACGCUUCUAUUUUUAUGUAGGUGCUGAGGUUUAGAAGCACUGUUUUCUAGUGUUCCACUCCCAAGGCAUGCAGUCUUUGGAAAAAUUAAUGUGCUUAUAAAAAGUUCUAGAUAACUGUGAACGUUCAUUGUAUUGUCAGCCUGGAAAGGCUGACCUAGGAGUCAGGGUGAGACAGAGGCACCGCAGAAACCUCCACUCUCUGCUGAGCAGGGAGUGGGCACUGUUCCCACAGAGCUCGAUUCCCAAUGCCAGCCAGGGGAGGCACCCUGGCACACUGGGGGCCUCUGCCUGGACAGAGCUCCGGGGGAGGGAUGCUGGGGUGCAGGUCUGGACUGUUGGGAGGGCCUGGUGCCUCUCCCAGGAGCUGGGGCAGCAGUGGCCUCCCCUGCGGGGGCUGUGCUAUGAGCGUGGCGCUCAGCUGCCAGAGGAAGGAGUCACGGGAGAGGAUGCGAGCAGGCUGGGUAGCACCAGGGAGGAUGAACAGGAGGAGAUCAACAGAGUUUUUGCAGAGACCUUGCAGAGGCAAGAGCCCAGACCACACAGUGCCAGUAAGGAGGGACAGCUAGAGGCCGUAUGUGGUCAGGUGGUGGAUGGACAUUCCCAAGAUGGGGGGUGGCUGGAAACUUAUGACUUCUGGCAGCAGGAGAAAGGUGGCUUCUCCACCCUCAGAUACAAUAUGGGGCAGCCUGGAUAGUCUUCUCCUUGAUCCUGCAGGUGCAGGGGAAAGGCUGAGGUUGGAGUUAACUUGCAUGGUGCAUCCACUACUGGCCACGUGGCUGGUGUCACAGGCUUUUAUGUGGCUCUCUUUGAGAAGAUAGGAUUGCUGUUGUGAAACAGGACCCAUUUGACAGAGUAGGAGCUUCUUUGCUGAUAAGCUUACAACCUGAAGAGGAGGGCUUUCAACUAGGUUUGUUGAGGGGUGGUGAUACUCAUUGGCAGUUAAGUGAGGAAGCUGAGGUCAAUGGUGCUAAGUACUGGGGCAGGGUGAUGGGAGUGAGAUAGCCCUUGUGAAGGAUGCCACAGGCUGGAGGGGGCCUCAAAUGGCAGAGCUAGGGAAAAAACACAGAGCGCUGGAGAGAAAAACAGGAGUGAGAGUUCUGUCCGCAGACAGAAAGAGCGACCAAGGUGUGGUGGGAAAGCUGGUGUGGUUGGAGCUCUGUGACUGAUCUCUCUGGGAGACACAGGCAGGGAAGAAAGAGAGUCACCUUGGAUGUGAGGCAGCUGCUUGAAUGCACCCGAUCAUGAUGAGCAAGUGGACAAAGUUGUCUUUAAGCAUCUCAAGAAAGUCUCCAGAUUGCAGACUCCAACUCUUGUGGGCGACUCUAAACACUCUGACAUCUGCCAGACAGGCAAUACGAGGGGAUGCAAGAGACCGACGAGGUUUCUGGAGGGUAUCAGAAACAACCUCUUAACAGCUGCUGGAUUGACCAGCGAGCGGUGAUCUCCUGGGUCUGCGACUCACAGACAAAGAAGAAUUGGUCAGGGAGUAAUGGCACUUCCAGCCACAGUGACCGUGAAACAGUUAAGUUCAAGAUUCCAAAAUUUUAUGGAAUAAACCAGCAGAUUAUAUUCUUUGUUCUUUUGUGCUUGUACUUUCUGUACGUCACACCUCCAGGUUCCUUCAAAUGCAUGUCCUCAGGUUUUGGGGUGCAACUCCAGAGAUACCACAGUCACCAAAUGUUUGACCAGAAACACUGUUAGUAGUAUAGUUUUAAGUGCCAACUACAGACCAUUUAUAAUGAUUUGCAGAUAAAAUUACUGCUUCCUUAAGGGUUAGCUACCAUCUCUUAGCUAUGCUGUAACUUCAUUACUCUCAAUACCCAUUUUUAACAAAGCAAAAUGAAAGGUAAGACUCAAAAAUUUCCCAGGUGGGUAAGAGCUAGGUAGACUGAUCUAUUGAUGAAAGGGUCGCUAUUUAGUAAGGGACUUUGUGCAAGUCUGAUUAAUGAGGCUCGCUCUGUGAAGAAACUAUCUUCACAGAAAAUAACCAAGAAAGAUGUUAAUUGUAGGU